AUGGAUUUUGAAGAUGAUGCGGCCAUUUUAUCGCGUCUUGGAAUACUCGAAUCAAAAGAAGAAAGUCCUCAUAAAAUCCAUCAUCAACUCAAAAAGGCAGAUGCGUCAUCUGCAAGGGAUCGGUUCGUUGAAGUCAACAUCGAUGGUACAGUCGACACCAAGUCCGAUUCCGAUGAAGAGCCAAUUUUCGACAGAAACUCAUUGUUAUCCCCAAAUAAAGGUGUCAAGGUGUAUCGAAGGAAGUACGAACCGUACACUUGCGUCUACUUAGUCCUCUUAUUGACUUACAUCGCUGUGGGAGCUACCUAUCCUCUAGCAUGGACGGAAUAUCAGCUGAAAACGAAUAUUCCGUUCAUUUUGCUUCUUGAAAACAACAUUGGGUCACUGAUCGGUUGCUCAACUGGUUAGUU